CUGUCCGUCAGAUACAGCGAACACCAGAAGAGGAUUCACUCAGAGAUCGAUUCUGUGGUCGGAAGAGAUCGGAGUCCCUGUUAUGCCGACAGACUUCAUAUGCCGUUCACUCAGGCGUUCAUUAACGAGUCGUUUCGAUACAAAACUAAAUUGCCGUUCAAUUUGAUGCGAUGCACAACUAAGGAUACGACAGUUUUGGGUCAUUUCAUACCGAAAGACACCAGAGUUAUAGUCAACACAUAUGCGCUUCACUCUGAUCCCAACGUAUGGGUUAACCCUAAAGAGUUUAUUCCCAACCGAUUCCUAUCAAGUGAUGGCAAAAAAGUACUCAAAUAUGAGACUUUCAUACCAUUUCUAAUAGGUAAGCGUUCGUGUGUUGGGGAGACGUUAGGACGAGUGGAGGUAUUCCUGUAUUUCGUAUCACUUCUGCAAAGAUAUAGAGUUAGUGCUAAGAAUGUGGACAUAAUGUCAGUCAUAGCCGAUAGGUUAACGAUGAAUGCAAAGCCAAAGGAUGACCUAAUCCUCGAGUUUCACAAAUGUUUAUAACAUAAUGUGUUUAUAUUAUAUUUAAUAUGAUUCAGUUGCCUAUUAAAUAUACUUGCCAAUUAAAUGAGGCAGUAAUGUAAUC